AUGAGUGACAAAAGCACUAUUUUAGAGAGGCUGAGCAAAAGGGAUGCUCAACGAUUAGAAAAGUUACAAAAAGCACACAAAGCAAGAGUAGAAGUAGAUGCCACAAAUGAAAAUGAAGAUUAUUUUGCAGGAGCGUUCAAAAUAAGAUCGGAAGCGAUCGAGCAAUUGCUAUCUCAAGUACCGACGCUAGAGACCAAUGUCUUGCCACCACACUUCGACGAUAUCAAACGUGAAGUCAAUGACUUACAAAAAUUCGUGGUCACUUCUUCCUUUUUCCUGAAAGAGUUCAACAUGAGAAAGUAUUUAGGUAUCGUACAGAAUUUACAAACAAAAUGCUACGAACUGGAAGACAGAUAUGUGCCGCGUAAGAAGUUCGGAUUCACAAGAAAGAAAUUGCCCAAAUCCCACAAUCUAAAACAAAAUUCGGUGGACGAAAAUGACGGUGUCGGUAAAAAAGAUAAUAAAUGGGAUGAGAAGCUGUUUGGUUUCGAUUUGAAGGAGGAUGAAGUGUUGUCUUUGGGAAAUGAAGAUCUGUUCCAACGUGAUGUCGCUUUAAGGCACUUGAAGAAUUGUACUAUAGGCUUACAAGGUGUUAUGGGGACUCUGCAUCUGACCAACUUGGACAAUUGCAUAGUGCUUUCUGGUCCUGUGACAUCGUCAGUGUUCGUAGAAAAGUGCACAAAUUGCAAAAUAGUCACCGCCUGUCAACAGCUCAGGAUGCACAGUUCCACAAAAUGCGAUAUUUACCUGCAUGUAACGAGCAAAGGCAUAGUGGAAGAUUGCUCCGAUAUCCGAACUGCUCCAUACAACCUAUAUUACGAAGACUUAGAUAAGCAUUUCAAUAUGUCGUCGUUAGAUAGGAAUAACAAUAACUGGGAUUGCUUGGACGAUUUCAACUGGCUGGCCCCGGACGUGCCAUCGCCUAACUGGUCGGUCAUGGAGGAAUCUCAGCGAGUGCGCAGUUGGGACGAGUGGUGGGCAAAAACGCCAUUA